AGUCAAGUCAUAAAAAGAGACAUAUAUUGAGUGAGGAAGAAGAACAUAUUGAGGUUCUGAAAGAAGCACCAGCGUGGUCGCUUGCUAGUCAUCAGGUGCACGAGCGUGAAAAUACUGAUAUCAAUAGUGGUGUUGAAUAUCUUCCUAACAGUGAAGUAAUUGUACAUCAUUCUAGCGAAGUCUUUUGUAGUUUUGGAAGUUUGCCAGGAACUAAACAGAACGCUUAA